AUGCUGCCGAUCCUUCAACUCGUCGAGAAGUCCCCCGUGGCAGGUUUAGCCCUUACGGGGCUACUGGUGCUGCCCCUCGUCAUCACACUCCACUCAAGACACAAGAAGAGCGAAGAAGGCAUUGGCAAGAUCCACCGACCAGCCUCGACACUGCCAUUCCUGGGGAACACGUGGGACCUCGUCAUCCACGGGGUCAGAGGCGACAUGCACGACUUCAUGGUCCAAAUAGGCAAGCAGUUCAACGCUGAGCCCGUUCUCCUCCAAGCCCUCGGUAUUCCCCUCAACCUCAUUCUCUACACCCCCGAGGGGUUCGAGGACGUGCUCAAGACCCAGUUCAGUAACUUCGGCAAGGGCCCCUUCAUGCGCGAGAACCUGCGGGAUCUAAUGGGCGACGGGAUCUUUGCUGUCGAUGGGGAGCAGUGGGUGCACCAACGCAAGACGGCCAGCAACCUCUUCACCAUGAGAGCACUGAGGGACUCCAUGACCGUCGUCAUCCAACGUCACGCUGUCGUGCUCUACGACAUCCUCCGGCGUGCGAGUGAGAGCAAGGAGACUCUGGAUCUGUUCAAGCUCUUGAACCGGUUCACAAUCGAGGCGUUCACGGAGAUCGGCUUCGGGGUCCACAUGGGGUGUCUGGACUCGGAGGAGGAGCACCCAUUCGCGACAGCCUUCGACCGUGCGCAGCGAGCUCUGCGCUUCCGCUUCACCCGCCCCGGGUGGUUCUGGAAGACCCAGAGGUGGCUGGGUCUGGGAGUCGAAGGGCAGCUCCAGCGGGAUAUCCAAGUGAUUGACAAAACCGUGCUGGAGAUCGUGGAGAAGGCCUUGGCACGACGAUCAAGUCGCGUGGAAAACCCGGAGAAGAAGGCUGGUGGCGAUAUCGUGUCGCUGUUCCUUGAUAGCGCUGGAAGCUCCAACGAAAAGCAGUUCGACCCCAAGUAUCUGCGCGAUAUUGUAGUCAACUUCCUCAUCGCCGGGCGAGACACGACAGCGCAGGCUCUCAGCUGGUUCUUCUUCAACAUCUCCAAGAACCCUCGAGUGGAGGCUGCAAUCCGGAACGAGCUGGCGCAGCGACUACCAAAGGUUAAAGCGGAGGCUGCCACCCCUUCAAUGCAGGAUGUGAGUCAGCUGGUGUACCUCGAGGCUGCAUUGAAAGAGACACUGCGCCUGCACCCGUCCGUUCCUGUUGAACCAAAGCAGACUCUAAAGGACACGACGCUCUCCGACGGGACUUUCGUCCCUGCUGGGUCAGCCAUUGCGCUAGCAAACUACGCCAUGGGAAGAAUGCCGCAGGUCUGGGGACCGGACGCUGAGGAGUUCAAGCCUGAGCGGUGGAUCGACCCCAGCACCUGGAAACUGAUCGCGGUCUCCGCCUACAAGUUUGCGUCUUUCAACGCCGGCCCUCGCAUGUGUCUGGGGAUGAACUUGGCCAUGCUGGAGAUGAAGCUGGUGGUGGCAGGUCUGCUGAGCAAGUUCCACAUCGAAGUGCUCAACCCGGAAAACGUGACGUACGAUGUGUCGUUGACGCUGCCGGUGAAGGGCGCUCUGACCGUCAAGGUCUCGCAGAUUGCGGAGCCUGCAGGUGCCUAG